UCAAACUCGUCCACACAUUUUAACGAAGCCUUUAGACAAAAUAAGCAUUUUUGGACGAAAGCAAGUUCGUUUGCCGAUUUGCUGCUAGUUUACGCGCUUUAAAUCCCGUAAAUGGUGUAGUAAAUAAAACCAAUCCGAAACCGGUUCCGACAAUCUGGCUUGUAACAUAGUUUCAAUAGCGAGAUUCAUUCAAAACCGGCACUGUAAGUGAAAAUUACCGGUAACGCAAGAGAAAAUACACAUCAAUGGAAACAACGAUGGAUGGUGAGGGAUGUGAUGAGACGCUCACAAAGUGCGAGAUGAAUUCGUCUACCACGAUGGGUUCUAGCCGCCUUAGCUUCGAAAACAAUAUUUCUUUCGAAUUGAAUCGCAAGAAACGUCGCAUUUCCGGAUGCGAGGGAACCAACGAUAUGAUGCACGAAGGUAAUGUCAGCGGUGAUUCCUUCUCGUCUGCUGCGACCGGGUACGCGUCUACUCUGGUCGCACAGAGCCCAUGGGAAACUCGCCGUAUGAAGGCGGAUUUGCUGGAGGCACGAUCAAGGGUAACGUUUCUGAAGAAAGAAAUUGAACAUCUCAACACGGAGAUGGCAACGACGCAGCUCCGUAACCAGCACAAAAUAUCUUCGCUGGAAGAAGAACUAGCAUUUAACGCGCAGAAGGUUACCGAUCUCGAGAAACAUUUGCAGAUUUUACGCAAACGGGAGCACGUCGCAAAGCAGGAUCUGACCAAAACGCGCAACCAGUACCAGCAGCUAAAGCAAACUGCGGACAGUCGGCAGUUUGAGCUGCGUCAGACGUUGCAGAAGAUGGAGGAAAAGUAUCAUUCCGACACGCGAGAGCUUAAUAUGGAAGUUCGCGACCUUUCCACCCAGGUAACCGAUCUCGAACAACAGCUGUCGUUAGUGCAGGUAGAGCUCGACACGACGCGAGAACUAUGCGACACGCUGCAAGGCAAAGCGGACGCUUACGAUCAAACGAAACGCGAAUUGGAAGAUACACAGCUCCGUCUGGCAGAGUCGGAAUCGCGCGUAAAAACGCUCGAGUACGAGGUCGGCAGCUACGAGGACUGGAGAAGCCUGAAGAAGGUGUCCUCCGAACGGUUAGCGAACGUGAACGAGCUGCAGAAGGAAAACAUUCGGCUGACGGAGCAGUUGAAAAAUUUGCAAGAUUUGAUUAAAAAUAAGCUGCUGCUUGAGGAGCAGGUGAGCAGCUUGCAGACCCGCCUGGAACAGUUCGAACGGAAAGAGGCCGAAACUGCUUCGCUGGAGGUGCGUGUGAAUGAGAUCGAACGGGAGCUUGCCGAGUGGCGCCAGCUUGGGAACGAUUACUCACCCAAAGAGGGACUAAUCAGCCCGAUGUCGAUGCGUAGCCACAUCGAGCAGAUACUCCAGAAGGAUCUGGUGCUGACGAACGAACAAUCAUCGGCUGAGACGGAGAAGAACCACAUUCAGGUGCGCAUCGAUGAGCUGCAGUCGGAGAACGCGAAGCUGAACAGUCGCUUGGCGGAUUACAAACGAGCCCAGGAAGGUUUGCAAAGCAUCGUACAUCGGGCACAGAAGAAGCUAAAUUUGGUUACCGGGGAACGGGACUAUCUGAAGCAGUUGCUCGAAACCUACGAGAAUGAUUUAACCAUUAACCACUCCGUCGUAGUCAGUGAGGGUGACAAGAAACAACUAAGGGCACGUAUCGAUAUGCUGGAAAAGACGUUGACCGGGUAUAAGGACCUUUGUCACAAGCAAGAAGCGGAACUUCAAGCUAAUAAAGUGAUGCCCGAUAUCAGUUUCGUGCUGACAUCGGAACAGUACGAGAAACUGCGCAAAGAAAUUGACGAACUUCGGACGGAAAAUGAACGAUUGAACCGCCGCAAGGAAGAGCUCGAGGUGGAGGUCCACAACAUGACGCUCCGGGCGGAGAUUAAGCGUACGAGCACAAUCCAAUCAAAAGUACUCCGGUACGUCGAUAGUCCGGCGGGGCAAGAUAUACGUGCCGAGCAUGCCUGCAAGCUGAAGCUGAUGGCCGAGGUCGAGCGACUGAAGCUCCACAUACAGCGGCUCCAGGAGGCGAACCAAGACUUGACCGAGUGUCUGCACAUCACGGACGAAGCGGGCAACAUUACGGCGCGGAUAAAGGAAUCGGUCGAUUUGCGGAUGCAGCUGACCGAACUGCAGUCCAAGUACGACCAGCGGAAGGAGCUGUAUCAGCAAUCGUCGGAAGAUUUUCGUACGGUGGUAAACCUGCUGUUUGGUUUCAAGAUUGAUCGGAUUAGCGGUAGCUACUUCCAGCUGCGCAGCCAGUACGCGGAAAGUCCGGACGAGUAUCUGAACUUUGCGCUCGCCCCGGACGGUAGUGUGCUGACGCUGCUCGAAUCGGAUUAUGCAGCUUCGUUGCGCGAACUGGUCGAGACACAGUUCAAAACGCACAACUCGGUACCGGUGUUUCUGAGCUCGCUGACGCUCGAGCUGUUUAACCGAACCACCAUGAUGGUUCAAUACUGCGGAUCGGAGUAAAGCGAACGUAUCCUGCACGUGGUGCACGCUGUGUAAAUUACAAACAAAUUAAUGGUGUUUGCCUUGCGUCUAUCCGGGUGUUCCGGCAAUACCGUGGGGUUAAUGUAAAUUUUAAUUCGCAAUCGCGUACGACACCUCCUAAAUCGAAUUAAUGCAAAUAAAAGCUCGGAACUACGAUACGAGAUAUAUCGCGGAAGCUUA